AUGUAUCCCACAUCAUCCAUUCUUUUCCUCACCACCCUCAUCACUCUCCCUAGCCAUGCAUUCUCCAUCCCCUCCCCCUCAUCCCAGUUCAACGACUCCGCCAGCUCCAUCAUAGUCCAACAAAACCUCGCUCUCGCACCACCCAUCCCCAUUCUCGAGAUCGGAUACCAACAUAUCAUCGGGCAGAUCGGGGAGAACAUGACCAUUGCCGGAAACAGAUCUUUCAGUAACGACCAGCAACAUCCUGGAAUCUCAAGAUUUACCUCGUUGAGAGAGAAGGUUACGCCGGCGGAAUGUGGACCGCAAAAGGCUUGUGUGGAUGGGAGUUGUUGUAAUUCUGAAGGAAAAUGCGGGUUUACGCCCUAUAAUUGCAAUAAUACUGCGUCGACGACUUGUAUUUCGAAUUGUGAUGCGCAUGCUCAGUGUGGAGUUGAUUCUUUGGAUGGAGCUCAGAAGUGUCCGUUGAAUAUUUGCUGCUCGUACUUUGGCUAUUGCGGUACAACUGAUCUCUUCUGUACUGGUGUUCCGUCUCCUCCUUCUGCAGCCAAGCCAUCAGUAAGCCUACCGUGCCAGCCUGGCUUUGGAAGUUGUCAAGUUCCGGCGCAACCGACAUGCGACAGAAGAAAACACACAGCUUCCAAGGGGAGGAAAGUAGCAUACUGGCAAUCUGGUAAUGUACAGCGGAGAGGAUGUGACAAAGUGUGGCCUUGUCAAAUUGAUACUACGGCCCUGACUCAUUUGAUAUUUGCAUUUCUUUUCAUCGAUCCGAAAACGUUCCAGGUCACGCCUGUGGAUUCAAGAGUCGAUAUCCCGUUAUAUCGCGAGUUCACAGGACUCAAAAACCACAAAUUGCAAACAUGGAUCGCAGUGGGCGGUUCUGGUCUGAAUGACCCAAAUACUCCAACAUAUACCACAUUUUCGGACAUGGCUUCGACUCCGGAAAAUAGAGCUGCUUUUAUUACCUCAAUCAUCGCUUUUAUGGAGCAGUAUGGAUUUCAAGGAGUAGAUCUUGACUGGGAGACGCCAACGUUGGCAUAUCGAGGUGGCAGACCGGUUGAUUUCGUAAAUAUCGUACAACUCACCAAGGAGAUGAGGGCUGCUUUCGGAACAAAAUAUGGUAUUAGCAUUGCAGUUCCCACUGAUUUUUAUGGUCUUUCUACUUUCGACUUAAUCGCAAUGCAACCAUAUCUCGAAUUUUUCAAUUUUAUGGCCUAUGAUAUUCAUGGUCCCUGGGAGGCUACAAGUCUCGGUUCAAAGGCUCUGCCCCAGGCUUCAAUCUUGGACAUCCAAGAUAGGAUAGUUCCUUUAUGGUUUGAUGGUAUAGAUCCUAGUAAAGUAAAUUUAGGUCUUCCAUAUUAUGGUAGGGGAUAUGCGCUUUCGGAUACCUCCUGUACGGAUCCUGGAUGUCCUUAUUCAGGGCCCACCAAUGCUGGAGCUUGCACAAACUCGCCCGGUAUUCUCUCGCUCAAAGAGAUUCAAGAUCUCAUCAAACAGAAGAAUCUGGUCCCAAUACUGAUUCCCGAUCAAAUGCAGAAAGAAGUGACAUUCGACGGUAACCAAUGGAUAGCAUAUGAUGAUGCGGAAACCAUGGCAAUGAAGGAGAUCUGGGCAAACGAACACUGCCUUGGAGGUACAGUAGCAUGGAGCAUGGAUUUUAUUGCUGGGAAUGGAAAUCCUGGGCCAGCUUCAGCGCCAGCGGCCCCUCCCGCUCUUCCGUUCAAUCCAAAUCUGCCAGUGACCGCAUCUGUUGAUGGGUCUUGUGGUGGGCAGCUGUCAUGUCUCGGGACAAGCUUCGGCCAGUGCUGUUCAUCUCAUGGCUUUUGUGGAUCAACAUCAGCAUACUGCUCUAUUUCAGGUGGAUGCCAAACGAACUUUGGGCUAUGUGGGGAUAAUGUGCCACUUGUACCGAUUCCUAGUUCAACCAGUACUCCUCUACCCAGUGCCACCAGAGUGAGCGUGGACGGAUCAUGUGGAAGGGAUACCACAUGUCAGAACUCCCCGUUCGGAAAUUGUUGUUCAUCUCACGGAUACUGCGGGUCAACCGACGAUUAUUGUUCAACGACCUCUGGUUGUCAAGUUGCCUUUGGAUCUUGUAACGGGGUAGUCUCGCCGCACAUUCCUGCUCCACUACCUCCAGCCCCGCUGAAGACCAGUAUCGACGGUUCAUGUGGCAAUGAUGUAACUUGUUCAAACUCGGUUUUCGGGAAUUGCUGCUCUAAAAAUAAUUAUUGCGGCUCUUCGUCAGAUUAUUGCGCGAUGGAAAACGGCUGCCAAACUGCUUUUGGUGGCUGUGGUGUUCAACCUCCACCAUUAACAAUCAGUAUUGACGGAUCUUGUGGUAAUGGGGUGACUUGUGUGGGUUCCGUAUUUGGUAAUUGCUGUUCGAAAAACAAUUAUUGUGGAGCUUCUGGUGAUUACUGCGAUUCUGCCAACUGUCAGUCUGCAUUUGGAACCUGUUCCACAGCAGCUAUUGCAGUCCCGCCGCCAGCUCCAACUCCGGAGGUCAAGAUUAGUGUAGAUGGAAGCUGUGGGGAGAAAGUGACUUGUAAAGGAAGUGUCUAUGGUGAUGUGAGUACCCUUCCUCGUCUAGUUCCCUCAAAGCUUCUAUCUUGA